AUGUCUUCUAUUACUGAUCUUGAAUUUACUGUUAGUGACCAAACCAAAUUUCCUUCUCGAAAGAACAUUGAAGGCCCUUCUCCUUUUUGGGACAAGUAUACUGAAGGCCCUUCUUAUAUUAAGCCUGAGGAUCGCCAGAAACCUCUGGUUCCUUCUGGAAAACUGGAUCAAAAAUAUUCGGCUUUUGCAACGGAUCUUUCGCCUCUUCUUGGAACAACCUAUGAUGACAAUGUUAAACUCACCGACAUUCUCGAUAACGACGAAUUGCUUAAGGAUCUUGCCAUUAAAAUUUCUCAACGUGGCGUUGUUGUAUUUAAGCACCAAAAAGAUCUCACUAUUCCCCAACAAAAGGAAUUGAUUCAAAAGCUUGGUAUUCUUUCAGGAAAACCUAAAGGUAACGGCCUCCAUAUUCAUCCUUCUGCUCCUGGUGCUGGAAUUAUUGGAGAAAAUGGGUUGGUUGAUCCCGAACUUUCUUUCAUAACAAACAGAAAGAAGUCUAAGGUAUUUGCUCAGAAGUAUGAAGAAAAAACAGCCGCUUGGGGAUGGCACUCUGACAUUACUUUUGAACCGGUCCCUGCUGAUUAUUCUUCGCUUCGUAUUUUUGAACUCCCCCCCACUGGUGGUGAUACUCUUUGGGCAAAUGGAUAUGCUCUUUAUGAGAAACUUUCUCCAUCGUUGAGAUCUUAUUUUGAUACAUUGACCGGUACUUAUUCUCAACCAAUUUUCAAAGAAAAUGCUAAUGAAGAAUAUAACCUUUAUUCGGAGGAACGUGGUGCACCUGAAAACAUUGGUGAUGAUUUGAAAGCUAUCCAGCCUAUUGUCAGAACAAACCCUGUAACUGGGUGGAAAACUCUCUUUGCUGUUGGUCAUCAUUUCACUAAAAUUAAUGAGGUUAACCCACUCGAGUCCCAGGCGUUGAAAGAAUUUGUUUGGAACAUUUUGGUACAAUCACAUGAUAUUCAGGUUAGACAUAAAUGGGGAAAGUACGACAUUGCCAUUUGGGAUAACAGAUCUACUUAUCAUACUGCUAAUCCUGACAUUAAAUUACUUGGAGAUGUAUAUAGAAGUGGUGUUAGAACCGUUGGUAUUGCUGAGCGUCCCUACUUGGAUCCCAAUAGUAUCACACAAACCGAGGGCUUACAGAAGCUUUCCACUUCUGAGAACGAGUUGGCUGAUUCUUUGAAAAAGGUGUCUAUUUAA